AUGUCUGACCAAUUCUGCCACGAGCCGCUCGACCUGAGCACAAGAUCCAUCCGCCUCCUGAACAUCGAUGGUAUUUCCGAUGAUGGCUUUGUCCAAUGCACCAUCCGCACAUACAACCGAGAUGACACGAACUGUUCGUACCGAGCUCUUUCAUACGCGUGGGGCCCCGAAGAACCUUCUGGAUCGAUCCUUUUGAACGAGAAGCCCUUUCGAGUCCGAGAAAACCUUUUGCUGUUCCUCCAAGAAGCCAUCACCUCGCACUCGGAAGCCCGCCGGAGUAUUUGGAUUGAUGCUAUCUGCAUUGACCAGGAAAAUAUUUCUGAGAAGAAUCAUCAGGUCCGACAGAUGGCAGACAUCUUCCGGAAUGCUGUAGCGGUGUUUGCUUGGUUGGGGCCUUCCAAGGAGGACUAUAACGAGCUAUCCGAAUUUCUUGAAGAGAUUGAAACUACACAUUUAAACACUUUGGAAUGUUUCUCAGAGCCAGAAAAGGGUAAAGACAACAUUAUCGAGGACAUUGGCCUCGUUAAGAUCAAUCUUCUCUCUCGACCUUAUUGGAAACGAAUGUGGAUCAUCCAGGAAAUUGUUCUCGGCGACAGUAAUGUUCGUCUUCUCUGCGGA